AUGACCGGGAAAGUCAAUAGAGACCUAUUCUUCAAAUUAGCUUCUGAUCUUCAAGAAGAACGCCUACAUGCAGCUGUCGCUUUGAUCAAGGACUUAUCUGCUUUAGAAUUACCCAAUGAUUCAGAAGAAUGGUCAUAUGUAUUAAAUCGUUUGAUCAAGGGUUUGGCAUCUGAUAGAAAUAGUGCAAGAUUAGGAUUUUCGCUAUGUUUAACAGAAGUAAUUAAUCUAGCUAUGAAUAUGCCAUCCGGUCAGCGUCCGAAGGGUUUGGAAUCAAUGAAUGAAUUUUUGGACACACUGUCAUUUAUUCUAGAUAUAAAUGUCAAUGACGGCGGUAAGAAGCCUAUCAAGGGUAAAGACGAACGUGGGAUUUUAUUUGGGAAGCUAUUUGGUUUGAAAUCACUAUUGAAUGAACCUUUGUUUUCAGAAAUCUUUGUGGAAGACUUAAAAAAGGGUAAUACUGAAUUCAUUAUACGCUUUAUGGAACAGUUGAUCGAUUUAGCUUUGAGAAAAAACUGGAUUAAAGAACCAUGCCUUUAUAGUCUUUUCCAGACAAUAAAAAUGCUACUACCAACUAUGAAUGGAAGCACUGCCACCGAAAUUCUUUUAACGUAUGAUAAAUAUGAUCUAACAUUAACAAAUGAAGGACUGUCAACCUACUUGUUAUUGAAGUAUGAAAGUGAUAAAGACCUAGUUUCUUCGGCACUAGAUUUGAAGAACUUGGGCUGGAAAAACAACGAUCCUUUAGCAAAAGGAAAUCUACCUCUAUUAACGAAAGUCCUAAGGGAUUCUGGUGUCGCUCCAGAUACCAAUGGAAAGGCACAAGAAAAUACCAAAAAGCAAAAAAAUACAAAUUGGAACCCAAGACUUCAUUUUGUUUGGAACAUUUUGUUGCCUUUAUUCGGUAGUGGGAAACUAGAGAACGCAGAGCACAUCUCGAAGAAAAGAAAGAAAGUCAGCAACAAAAAAGUCCAAAGUUCGAUUCAAUUUCCAGAGUUUUGGCAAAUGGCUGUGGAUGAAUCAUUUUUCAAUGAAAAAGCAUCAAGUGAAAGAAAAUAUCUAGGUUUCUUAAUCAUAGGUGCAACUUUCAAGACUGUGCCUGGCUCUUGCAUUGGCUCUUGCUUUAGCCGAAAUGUUAUGAGAACUUUAAUCAACCAAUCUAUAGACUCACAAAGAAUUUUGAAUAAGAUUGCUCAGAUAACUCUCGACUCUAUAAUCAAGGCCUGUGAAGAAGAUCCCAUUAAUAAGUUAGUCCCUUGUUUAAACUCGAUGUUAUUUGGACCCCAUGGUUCUAUAAACUUUGAUAAGCUAACGAAAUCUAACAUCACCUCCAAACUUAUCGCGAUUAAGGAAUUACCUGCAACUGUUCUUACUCAAUUAUUCGAUUUAUUUGUACUACAAUUGCAGGAGAAGAAAGGCGAUAUACCCCAUACACAUUUCGUCCUUGAUUCCUUACUUCAUAUAAUCCGUGCUCACAAAGCAGAGAUUAAUGAUGUCGAAAUUAUCAAGCCCGUGUUGUCGCCAAUUGUCUCUAUGGCAUUUUUCAAGCAAGCAACUGAUGACCAGGAGUUAGAGCAAUUACAUGAACUAGCAAAAGAAAGGCUAUACUCCAUUUUAGGUGAGCUGACUAUUAAUAAAGAAAUGCGUUCCGAAGAUCCUGAGAUAAACUCGUGGCAAUUUUUGACAUUGAGGUUAAUUUUGGACAUGGAAAAAUCCCAUAAAGAUGAUUUAAUUAACCCAUUAGAUGAAAGACUGGAAAAGACUAAAAACGAAGCUAUAUCAUCCUUGAUCGAACUAUCCAAGUCAAACACUAGCCAAUCCUGGGGCUUAAGCACUUUGCUAUCUAUGUGUUUAAUACAGUUAUAUGCGGGCGAAACAGACUCUAUUUCCGUGAUUGAAGAGCUGUGCGAAUUUGCUAAAGACGAAAAUAGUUCAAUGGUUGGUAUCACUGAAAUACUGUUAUCACUACUAGCUCAAAAGAAGGCAUUACUCAAGAAGUUGAGUUUAAUAAUAUGGCAACAGUUUAUCGGGGAUGUUGGAUUGAAAGAAUUGCAAAUAUUAUUGGAUGUUUUGAAAGCCAGAGAGAACAAACAAGGGUUUGCCCAGUUAUUCGAAGGCGAAGGAGAGUUUGAAGAAGUUGAUGAAGAAGAAAGUGCUAUUGAAGACGACUCGAAAAGUGAAAGCGAAAGCGAAAGUGAAGGCGAAAGCGAAAGCAAUGAUGAUGAAGAAAGGGAUGAAGAAGAUGAAGCCAACGAAGACGUCGUGAAUAUCGAUAAGGAAGCUACAAGUGCACUAAUCAAAGCGCUAAACUUACCUGAUAAUAUAGUCAACGAUAAAGGGGAAGUCGACAUGGACCAGCUCGAUGGAAUUUCUGAUGAUGGCGACGAUGGCGACGAUGACGAAGACGAAGAAUCAAUGGAUGAUGAAAAGAUGAUGGAGUUAGAUGAUCAGUUAUCUGAAAUCUUCAAACGUCGUAAAGAAGCAUUAUCGAGUAUAUCUACCGGAAACCAGAGAAAAGUGGAAGUAAAAGAAUCAAGGGAAAACGUUAUAUCUUUCAAGCAUAGAAUUGUGGAUAUGUUAACCGUUUACGUUAAACACUGCGAAAAAUUGGCCAUUGCUAAUAAAGGUGAACUUUCUAGUGAAAUAGGAGGUCCAUUGAGCAAUCUGAUUUACUUUAUCAUCCCCAUGAUCAAAUGUAUCAAAGAGACUCUUGAUAGGCCACUUGCGGACAAAAUUUCUAAAUUAUUAAAAGGAAAAAUCUUCAAGAUAAAAACGAGUGCAUUUAAAAAUCUGGACAAAACUAUUGGGCUUCUAGAUUUAUUAAAAUCAACACACAAAGAGAUAUUAACUUCCAAGCCAGGCCAACAUGCUAAUGUGUUCUUUUCCGCAUGUUCGACAAGUUCAUUAUUUUUGAGCAAAUUAUAUGUCGAUAUUGACGGCGAAGAUAAAUUUGAUGAUUUGAUCGACUUGUAUGCUAGCACUACUAAAGAGUGGACGCAAAAGGGAAAAUUCGGCGUCAAUGUUCUCAUUGAUUUCGUUAAUUGGUUAUCGUCGAAAAAGGAAGGUGUUGAAAAAAAAUGA